ACUAUACUUCACUGAUGAGUUGUAAUUCGUGUGAAGAAAAGGUGGAGAGAAGACGCUUGUGGCGCCAUCACAAUAGGUGCCCUCCUCUCUCAACCUGUCUUAUCACAAGCUCCCAGACACCGCAGCAUUUUAAAGUGCUGAAACUAAAGCACCUAAGUCUAAUUCUGCGGAACAGCAAAUCGUUUUGGAAUAUCACACAGAUAGAGCAGGACUGAAGUAUUUGACGGAGGCAAAACUCUUCCUAUGGCAAAUGACACAGAGAAUGACCCAUGCCACAGCAAUCUGCACAUUGACAAGGGGAACCCGCGCAUCAGCGCGAUCAUGUUCUCCGCCGGAGUGAUAGGGAACUUGGCCGCUUUGAUCCUUUUGGAGAUCCGCCGAAGGAAGUACCAGAGCCGGCAGCGACUGUCGCUCUUUCACGUUCUGGUCACCACGCUGGUCGUCACGGACCUGAUGGGCACCUGUCUGGUCAGCCCUUUCGUCCUGGCUGCCUAUUCCUUAAACACCACCAUUAUUGCUAUGUUUAACACUGAACCUCCUGCAAUGUGUGAGUAUUUUGGAUUCUGUAUGACUUUUUUCAGCUUGGCCACUUUAUUUCUCCUUUUCGCCAUGGCGCUCGAGCGAUGCCUCUCAAUUGGCUACCCCUACUUCUACGGGCGGCACAUCACUAAACGUUGUGGAUACAUCACCAUUCCUUUCAUCUAUUUAGUUUGCGCGGUGUUUUGCAUCAUGCCCUUUUUGGGUUUCGGGGACUACGUGCAGUAUUGCCCGGGGACGUGGUGCUUCAUUGACAUGAAUCCGUUAAUGCCCGAAGACCGUGUUUACCCAGUCCUGUACGCAACUGUUAUGCUCAUUUUAGUCCUUUCUGUAGCGGCUUGUAACGCCUUUGUCGUUUAUCACCUGGUUUUGAUGUACCGGAGGCGCAAACUAAACGGGGGAUCCGUGACAACUCGGAGUAAGAAGGACCGGAGAGUCCUCUCCAUGUCCGAAGAGGUCGAGCAUCUCAUCGUACUGGUGUUCAUGACGGUGAUAUUCAUGAUUUGCUCCCUUCCUCUGGUGAUCCGUGUGUACAUAAACUCCGUGGGCCAGCGGAAAGAGAGCCACAAGACGGACCUCAUCGCCCUCCUCUUUCUCUCCACCAACUCCAUCGUGGACCCCUGGGUGUUCAUCUUCCUCAGCCCGUCAGUGCUGCGCUUCUUCUGGGGAGCGUUGUGCAAGGUGCCCCUCCUGCGCUCCAGGUAGUCCUUCUUCAAGUCUUCCCUGGGGAAGGACACGCCCGCCCAGCUGGAGCUGUGCCAUCCCAGUGCUUCCUCUGAGUUCACCCACCCCCCAUGUCCACGCAGAUGGUUUGACCCGCUGAUGUAUUGGACCUGAUUGGGGUCUUGUAAUAGCCUCCGAAGGGAGUAGCCACUCAGAAUAGAGCUGCUGCCCACAUGUCCCGGCCUGCCCAGUGGUCUGGUUCUAUGGCGGGGGGAGAGGUGUUGAGCUACUUAGGGGCGACAGCUGGACAAGCGGAGCAGCAACCUACACAUUCCUGCAAAUGUAGGCUGCAGCGUUCUUGUUUUAGAACAAGCUCUGAGAGGCUCAAAUUGGAAGACUCCGGAGGCCAGCAGCAGACGGACAGUUGGACUCGAACUCCAAGGAGAGUGGGGUUGCAUUACGGGUCAUGUUCUUAAAAGCACUACACGUUAUAUGUUCUUACAGCAUGGACUCCCAACCAGAGGCCACUACAAGGACAGCAACAUAGGAUUCACAACACUGAAGGGACUAAAUCAGAUAAGGACUGUAUUUUAUAUGAGUUGAUCAUGUUCCAGAGGCUUGCGUUGUUGGCGCCAUACCCUUUUAGCAUGCCCCGGGACUCCCAGGGAAGUUUCUUUGUAUUGAGAUGUUCCUUCUACUAUCAUAUGACAUCCUUGUGGUUUGGGGAAUUGCGUAUCAUGAAUAGAACAUUCAGAGACUUCAUCCAUGUGAUGCAAGCUGGAUUCACACACACACUAUCCCUGCUCCCUGCAGCUAUGAUCUGUUCACCUUUCCUCCCACUGGGUGCUCACCUCGAAAAGCCAAAGGGCAAGAGCUCGAGAAUGACAUUUAUUUUUGACACACUGAUUUUUUAUCCUUCUUUUGUCAGAUGGUUGAGUGGCACUAUGAACUUGGAACCAGAUGUUGGUUAUUUGAAGUUGGGUAAGCAUGCAAAAUGUAUGUGGUGAUGUUAUGCUGGAAUCGUAAGAAGAUAAAGGAGGUGUUGUCUGUAUUCUUGAGGUUUCUUUGUGAUGAAAUGACAGCCUGAGUAUUUAUUAUGAUGUGUGUUCAGAUCUCAUUGAUGUAUUAAUGCACCCGAAGCUGACAAGGAGCUUAUGAUGUUCAGUGUGCAGUUCUAAAUCUGUCAUUCCCGUGUGCACGUGUGUGUGUCAGUGUCAAAGAGAUGGCACCGAAAAUACAUGAUGUUUACAGGGAAUCCUACCAUGUACCUAUUAUACCUAUUGUUCAUGUAUUCGCGUUAAUCAGUACUGCGGAAGAUCCUGAUUGAGACUGACAGACGUGUAUUAAUGUGCCAGCGCGUGUGUGUGCGCCAGUGGGUGUGUGUACGUUUGUGCAUUUGUGUGUAUGCGUGUGUUAACACUUCUGUAAAUAUGCGCCUGACUCAUCCAUCCGUCAGCCUUUAUCCGCCCAACCCUUUCUGGAACCCCACCUCCUGUCAUAGGCCCACGUCAGGGAUGGCAUCCAGAUGUGUGUUUUAACAAAGUUAGACUCUUAACCACCCCUUUAAAAAGUUAUUACUCUUCCAUAAUCAAAACAAACUGAGGGAUCUGACAAGCUCCACCAAUAGAACUUGCACAAGCAAAUCAGAUGCUCAUGUGGCCUUUGGGAGACAACAUUAGAUUAACAACAUGCAGAGCCUUGAAUUGGAUCACUAGUCACGAAUACUAACGAAAUAAACAGAAUAAUGACAUCAUAAUUAUAUGGAGUUAAUUACAUUGCAGCUGGCUCCCCGGGAACAGGCAUACGAUUUUGAUUACAAAUGUGAUUAAUUCGGUUUAUUCUCUGGAUUGAUUAAUAAAGACGAUUAGUCAUGUCAUUUGCAUGUCCUGGGUCGUGUUCAUUAGGCACAGAACAAAAGAUAAAUGGACCGAAACGGAGGAACUAGCUGAACUUUUCCAAUAAGAAAAGCUCAAUUUCGGUUUUAGCUGCCAUAGCUAAGGUCUGUUAUGGUAAGUCGGCCUAAGACCCCCUGCCUCGUGGUGGGAGAAUGUUGAAUAGAUUUAUAUUCUCAAGCUCCUGCAAAGGGGAAUGGGAGACCAGAGGCACAAACCUCCUCUUCCAGAGUGCCUUCAGAAAGUACUCACACCCCUUAACUUUUUCUACAUUUUGUUGUGUUACAAAGUGAGAAUUAUUUGUUUUCAAUUGUCCUUUUUGGUCAACGAUCUACACAAAAUACUUUGCACACCUGGAUUGUACAAUAUUUGCCCAUUAUUAUUAUUUAAUUCAAGCUGUGUCAAAUAGUUCAUUUUCAAGUCUUGCCAUAGAUUUUCAAGCUGAUUUAUGUCAAAACUGUAACUAGGCCACUCAGGAACAUUCAAUGUUGUCUUGGUCUUGUGUUUUAGGUUAUUGUCCUGCUGAAAGGUGAAUUAGUCUCCCAGUGUCUGUUGAAAAGAAGACUGAAUCAGGUUUUCCUCUAGAAUUUAGCCUGUGCUUAGCUGUAUUCCGUUUAUUUGUAUCCUAAAAAACUUGUUGCCUUGUUGCAAACAUGACACAUGUUUUGGGAAUAUUUGUAUUCUGUACAGGCUUAAUUCUUUCCACUCUGUCAUUUAGGUUAGUAUUGUGGAGUAACUACAAUGUUGUUGAUCCAUCCACAUUUUUCUCAUAUCACAACCAUUAAACUCUGUAAUUGUUUUUAAAAUACCCAUCGGCCUCAUGGUGAAAUCCCUGAGCAGUUUAUUUCCUCUCCGGCAACAGAGUUAGGAAGGAUGCAUUGUAGUGACUGGGUAUAUUGGUACACCAUUCAAAGCCUAAUUAAUAACUUCACCAUGUUUAAAGGGAUAUUCAGCUUUUUUUAUUUUAUACACAUUGACCAACUGGUGCCCUUCUUUGCAAGGCACUAAAAAACCUCCCUGGUCUUUGUGGUUGAAUCUGUGCUUGAAAUGCAGUACUCGAUUCAGGGACUUUACAGAUAAUUGAUUGUGUGGGGUACAGAGAUGGGGUAGUCAUUCAAAAAUCAUGUUAACCACUAUUGAACACAUGUAAUUUUUGUGAUUUAUUAUGCACAUUUUUACUCCUGAGUUUAGGCUUGCCAUAACAGAGGAGAUGAAUACUUAUUGACUCAAGACAUUUACAGCUUUCAUUUUUUUUUAUUAAUCUACAAAAUGUUCUACAAACAAAAUUUCACUUAACUUUAUGGGGUAUUGUGUGUAGAUCAGUGACACAAAAUCUCAAUUUAAUCACAAAAAAAGGAGGUGUGAAUACUUUCUGAAGGCACUGUAUGUAAUCAAUGGCUGAAGCCAUGGCAACCCACCACUAGCCCUGCAGCAGAUACACAAUUCAGAAGUGCUUAACAAAUGUGUGUCUUUGUGCUUCCUUUAUCAGAUAAGAUGAUUCACCUUGUCCGUUUUAAGAAAAUGUGUUAUUGAUACAGUUGCUGUUCAAAGUCAUUUCACAUUUCAAAAGGAACCCGUAAUAUUUUAGAGAGAGCAGCAUGCAUCAAUCUGCUGAACAUAUCUCUCUUUGUGUGCAUCCCAAAUAGCACCCUAUUCUCUACAUACUGCACUUUUAUAUAUAUACGGUAGGGUAUAGGGUGCCAUUUGGGACAUAACACACUGGGCACAAACUUGUUUCAAUGUAAUUUGUCAACGUAUUGUGAUGUGGAAUCUACAUAGCUAGAAAAUCAUCAAACUGUUGUUUUGAGGGUGAAAUUUCAACCACAGGAUUAUGUUAUCAUAGUAAACAAAUUUGAAAAUAGACAAACAUUUGUAUCUUUUUAAAACAAUUCAGUCACUCAUCGGAGAGAGAAAGAAAUGUGUUUAUCACCAACUGCAAUGUGGUGUCUGUCAAUGUGGCACGCGUCGCCAAGUGCUGCCAUCCUCCCAGACGUGAUCAUUUGAUUCCCCUCGUUCAACCUGUCUGGUGUCAUUUGGGUUCGGCUGACUCGUACGUUCUGCACAUUUAGAAUGUACACGUGGUUGCCUUGACGGAAACCCAACGUGACAUAUUCCAGGCCUUGUACCUACGUAUCAUUGCAGGCUAUGAUCAUUUCAAGAAAGGCAGCUCGAAAACAAAGUCAAAGUAUGUCCUUUUUUGCUUUGUUGCUUGCAGCUAGUACGGUUUGUGUCUCAAUGGCCGAUUUUUGUUUUUUAAAUGUGUCAAUAAAAUGAUUGAUGUUUUCGUUCUGUAACAUAGCAUAAUAAAGCUGGUACCACUACAGAUGA